AUGUCUAAUAAUACUCAAAAAAAGAUGAAACAAGAAGAUAAUAAAAAUGGUCUAAUGUCAAAAUUUAGAAAAAGUAUUCGCAAGAAAAAAGAAACCAAAGAUAUUCCUAACGAAAAAACUGUUACAAUAGUUCAAGAACCCCAGUCUAACACGAAAGAGAAAGCUGAUAGUGAUUAUGCGAAAAGUAUUGACAGUAAUAAUAAUCGUAAUAGUAUGUAUAGCUUAAAUCGUAGCAGUAUGCUUCCUGAUAUGGAUAAAUUAUAUGAAGAAUUUGAAAAGGUAAAAAAUGAAGCCGAUAAGGUCAAAGAAGAUUUAGAGCAUCGUAAUCAAACUUUAACCAAUGAACUUGAGGCAAGCAAACAAACUAUCGAAAAACUUCAAAAAGGUGACUCUGCACAACCAGAUAAUACAGAGUUUGACCAAUUAAAGAUUGAAUUACAGCAAAAAGAUGUUAUCGUUCAAGAAUUGAAUUCUCAAUUGGCUACUAUAAAAGAUGAAUUCGAAAAGUUCAAGAAAGAAACAUCUGAGAGAAUUCAAGUUGAACCUGAAGAACUGAAUAAAAAAGCCGUUCUUGUGGACAACCAACAAGAAAUUAUCAAUUUAAAGUCAGAACUUGAACAACGUAACUCUACCAUUCAACAACUUACCUCAGAAUUGACGGCCACAAAAAAAGAUGAUGAAAAAUUCUCCGUUAAACAAGAAAAAAAUAAUGAUGCUCAAAACAAAAUUGAACAACUUCAACUCGCUUUAAACGAAAGCAAAGCAGAAAACGCCAAACUAUUAACAGAAAUUGGUCAAAAAGUUAAUCACAUCGAUCAACUUACAUCCGAUCUUACGGCUAGUCAAAAAGAGAUAAAAUCGACCUCUAACGAAAAUAUCACAUUGAAAGCCAUCAUUGAAGAGACAAGGAGUUCUCUUGAUUCGAGUGUUGAAGAAAAUGCUCAUCUAACUACUAGUCUCGAGAAAACGCAAAGUUUACUUAAAUUAAAAACAAAAGAAUUAAACAAUCUAACCAAUCUCAUGGAAAAUAGCAAACGUUCUCUCAGCAAGAAUACUGAUGAAAUAGCGGAUCUGAAAGAUGAUGUAAAGAAAGGAGAGAAAAUUAUUAAUGAACUAAGAGCUGAGCUAAAAGCAAGUAAAGUUGAAGCAGAAACCGCCAAAAAAGCUGUUACCGAGCAGCAACAACAUUUUGAUCAAUCUACGAAAAUUAAAUUAGAAAAAAUAGUUGCUGAAAAGGAAGAAAUGAUAAAAGAAAACAAAAUGAUUGCAGCUGAACUUCAAAACGCAAAAUCCGAAAUUCGUGAUUUGAAAACCAAGAAAUCUGAAUCUGAAUCUGCUCAAAAGGUUUUACAGCAUGAACUUAAACAGUACAAUUCAUCCUUACAAGAACUCAAAGAUCAACUUGAGAGUCGCGAUCAAACCAUACAAAACCAAUUAGAAAUGAUCAAACUAACGGUACCAAAAGAUCACCACGAUUCCGUUCAAUCAGAACUUGAAUCAAUAAAGGCCGAACUUUAUUCAGUAAAAUAUAAACACGAAAAUGUUUCAACACCCGAUGAACUUCGAGAAGAACUAUCUUCUACAAAGGCUGAAUUAAAAGCCACAAGAGAAGCAAGUGAAUGGGAAAAAAGUCGUAAUGAACGUAUAAUAUCAGAGUUGAGGCAUCAAUAUGAAACCUUAUCAACCUCAUUGCGUGUUAAAGAACAAGAAUUUGAAAAAUACAACGCACUCGAACAACAGUACAUAAAAUUACAACAACAAAAUGACUCAACGAAGAUGCAAUUACAGCAAAAUGAAUCAAUGAAGAUUCAAUUACAACAACAAAAACAACAAAAUGAAUUAAUGAAGAUUCAAUUACAACAACAAAAUGAAUCAGCGAAGACGCAAGCUCAAAAAUUAAUAAAAGAAAACGAAAGACUAAGAACUGAAAAAUCAAAGUUGGAAUCAGCACGAAAAGCACGUGAACAAACCGAAAAGGCUCAGCAAUCACAAAAAUCAUCAAAAACAUCUCCUAAGAUUAGUGUAAUACCUAUCGAAUCCGAACCAAUAGAAACUGUCAUAGAUCGCAGUAUAGGUCAGACGACGUCUCCGAAACUUCAACCAACAUCAACAUCGCAUUCAAAUAAUUCGAAACAUAAUGAUGUCGUUGAGACAACGCAGACAACAAGAAGCGUAGAAGUAAUACCUCAAGCCAAUAUCAUGUCACCGGAAGGUCAACAAAAUGUAGCAAUUUCACAGUCCAAGAAAGAAGAGGGCUGGGUUACCGUUCAGAAACGAAGACAUAUUAAACCAAGGAACAGUACGGUAAUGACAUAA